AACCCAGAUUCCAGGAAGCGUCAAAAUGGAGGCUAACCUCAGGUCUUGGACUCUGAUCAUCUUCCAAGAAGCCACCCAAAAACAGAUUUGUGGUUACUAUGAUGUGGCCAAGUACCUCAACAUCUCUUCUAAUAAGGAUCUCUUCUCAUACACCAUACCCAAGAGAAAUUGGGAAGAAUCCUUAGAAGUUGACCUAGACUUCACCCUGGUGUCCAUCCUUUCAGUGCAAGAAAAAUUGCAGGUGGUCACAUUCUAUUUCUGGCUUCAUGUGAGCUGGAAAAAUGAUUUCAUCUCAUGGGAUCCCUUGGAUUUCUGUAACAUUACAAGGAUCACUCUUCCUGUGAAACUAUUUUGGACCCCAGACAUUUACAUAGAUGAACGGGCCGAUGAAGACAAGUUCACACUCAGCCCUAUGGCAUUUGUCACAUCCGAUGGCUACAUUCAUAUGCUUCAAACCUACCGACUCACUUCAUCCUGCGGUCUGGAUGUCCAUGCAUUUCCUUUUGAUAAACAAAAAUGCAACUUAACCAUGACCACAAUAUGUUCAGAUAAGGAAAUACUAUUGAAGAGCUCUAAAUCUUCCAUGAAAGCAAACCAAGAUAGUCACAAAAGUUUCUUGAGCAGUGGAGAAUGGAAGUUUGAAGAACUGAGGAUCAUAGAGCACACUUGGGGAUAUGAUAUAAGCAACUUUAGUAUUGUCACUUAUGAGGUUUCUAUGAAGAGGCAAUCCAUUUUGUAUGUGUUGGUUCUGAUCCUGCCAACUUUUACUCUGUUCUUGCUGGAUAUGGCUAUUUCUUAUGCGUUUGCUUGCCCUGGAGAAAAGAUUGCUUUCAAAGUGACACUGAUCCUGCAAGUCUCACUCUUGUCAUUGAUUCUGAAUGAUAUGCUACCGUCAGCAUCCAAUGAUCCACCAGUCAUAGCCAUGUUUUUCACCGGGAUAUUUGUAUUUAUGGUCUUUGGUAUCCUGGAGAAUGCUUUCGUACUCUAUCUUAAACAGAAGAAACCAGAGUCCCCACCCUUCAUGAGGAAUAAAUUUAUGAAUAUAAUUCUGAGAAAGAAGAAAAAGCAAUCUGAGAAGCCUGUGGCUGAUUUAGGAGACGGGCUGCCCAAAGGGAGCCAGCAGGCAGGCAGAUCAUCCUUGUCAGAAAAGUGCCUUGGAGAAGAGAGUUUGGUGUUUCUGAAACAUAUUAAUGCAGAAUUGCAACAGAUCAGGAAACAUCUCUCCCUAGAAGAAUGCCAGGAUGACUCUGAAUCAGUCGUGUGGGAUAAUAUGAUCCUCCUUGUGGAGAAAGGGCUUUAUUUUACCCGCCUGAUUUUCUCACUCAUCUUUUUAACUUUUGUUGCCAUGCAGUGGACAUGCUAAAUUAUAUAUUAUUGGUAUUUGUGGUAGACCAAGGAGUGCAUAACCAAUGCCCGUUGUACAAGUAUCCUAACUUACCAAUCUGUUAUUUGUAUAAAAUCAGCAAAUGAGACUUGAUGAAAUGCCUCAGCCAAGUGGUGUUUGCUGUUGGAAGUGUGCUUACUAAAGUCAAAGCCUUUCAUGCUUGGAAAUAUGUAAAAACACUGCAAAAUUUACGACUCAAUCAAGCCUCGCAAAACCAAUCAUUCAGAAGUGCUGGUUUUUCAAGGCUUCAUUGAGUGGCAGGUUUUCUGGCCUGGCGUCAGUAUGUGGCAUCCUCAAACUUUUGCCUGGGCCCCAGCGGGGUUCUCUGCUGAUACAACAUUCAUGCACUCCUUUGAAAAACGUGUCUGGGUCCAGGAGUUGCCAUUUAAAUUUCCCACAAUUCCCCAAAGCAAUGCCUCAUUGGAGGCAUUGUGGGAAUUUUACACGGUAACUUCUGGAGACUGCUAUCCAGGUACAUCAGAGAAAAGCCAUUGGCAGAAGAUGGGGGCCCAUGAGUAGACAUUUUGCCAAGAGCUCCUUCAAAGCUGGAGCCACCUCUGCACAUUUUGUCUUGUUUCAACGUACUUCCCAGAAUAAUCAGUACCUAAGGUUCAAAAACAGGAGUGCUUUGAUGAAGAGUUACCUAGCCGAAGAGGAAGAUGAAGUAGAGGUGGUUCUGGCAAAAAAAAAAAAAAGAAGGUGGUCGUUUUAAUAUGAUGUGUGUGGUGUAAGUAUGGAAACUGAGUUCAUCUAAGUUGUGUAUCUAUCAUCCCUGACAUUGCUUGUCUUUUAAAUGCUUAAUAAACACCCACACUUAGCAUGUCUAGUUCCCCACCCCUGUUUUUCCAACUGCACAAUCUUUUCCACAUCUUAUGUCCAGCUGCACAUACAAAAAAGAAUUCCUGCCUUAAACUGAGGAUGAUUUCAUAUGUAAUAGCGAUAGCUUGUGGUAAGUUGAAAGUUCUCAAAGUUCAUGAAAAUGAACAGCACAAAUAAACAUGCAACCGAUUAACUCCACCAUGCAUGACAAGGUGCUGUGCUUCGUAUAUCAUAUGCCACACUGCUUGUGAGAUAAUUCUGAGCUACCUGUGCACUAGUGAUGACUUGCUGGUCAUGUAAUAAGCUGCAUAUAAUCUCGCCUUCCCAAAUAACACACUUCAUACUUUUAUAUUUCAGUAUGGUAGUUUCCCCUGCUAACUGUAGUUUCUUGAGGGUGUCGGAAAUUGUAGGUCUGUGAGUUCAAGAUUCUUUGGGAGGAAGCCAAAGAUAGUAUUUAUAAAUAAGAGGUGCAAUAUUUCAACACUUUUGAAAAUUCAAAUAAAAUAACUAGGGGAGCUAAGUUUGAAGAAGGGGUGGGGAAUUUUUAUG